AUUUCCUAUAACCCACAUCAUAUAACCUCGAUACGUGUGUCGUGUCAAGUUUUGUUGAAUCAUUUGAUUGUAUCACAUUUUUCUUUUAAAAACCAGGAAUCAUGGCAUGGAAUUACGAUAAAUUAUCUUGGUCGGAGGUCCGAGAUCUUUUCAGAACCUGGAGAGAGGAUUCUGAACGGAAAAGUAAAGACGUGGUAGAUUUAUGGGAGGCAGUAUUGAUGGACAAAGUUGAUCAUCUUGGGAAUGAAAAAUAUUUGAUAUUGGAGCAAGUAUGUGUAGCAGCAUUGGACUGCUAUCGUUUAUCAUUAGCUGAAUAUUGCAUAAAGAUUCUCAUGCGAGAGUUUCCUGGAAGCUUGAGAGUUCACAAAUAUCAUGCAAUGCAUUUAGAAGCAUUGGAAAUGUAUGAUGAAGCACUAGAAGUAUUAGAUUCUAUCAUUAAGAGAGAUGAGACUAAUGCCGCACCUAGGAAGAGACGUGUUGCUAUCUUGAAAGCUAAAGGACGAAUAACGGAGGCCAUUAAAGAGCUUGCAGAGUAUCUCAAAAAAUUCAUGAGUGAUCAAGAGGCAUGGCACGAACUGUGCGAUCUGUAUUUACAGGAACAAGAAUAUUCCAAAGCUGCAUUUUGCAUGGAGGAGCUUAUAUUGCAUAAUCCACAUAGUCAUUUAAUUUAUCAACGAUAUGCAGAAAUCAAAUAUUCUCAGGGUGGUUAUGAAAAUAUGGAGAUUGCAAAAGUAUAUUUCGCCCAAGCAGUGAAAUUAAAUCCAAAUAAUAUCAGAGCGCUUUAUGGAUUGCUAUUAGUAACAAACAAUAUUGCUCUAUCGGCAAAGUGCCCAACAGCAAAGAAAAAAGAAGCAGUAAAACUGAGCAGCUGGGUUGCUAAUCAAAUAGAGAAACAGUACAGUGCAAAAGCAUCUCAUGACGAUGUUCGGGGCGUGGAAGGAUUAUUAGGACAAUUGCAACUGGAUGCUUAGGAGUUUGAUUAGCAAACUAAAUUUUCAUAAUCGACUUAGUUAAUAAUUUGUACAUUUGUUUCAAUGUUGUAAUAUAUGUAAAUGCAAUACACACAUCUCAUGCCAUUGUUGCCAAAAAUGUCUAGAGCAUUUUUUUGAGAUAGCUUUCGUACAAAAACAAAACUAAGAUCCAUGGACAAUUAAUAAUUGUGUACGCAUUGAAUUACCUGACGGAUAUGCAAAUGUUCCAAUAAACUAUAAUCAUAUUUACUAUUUAUUCAUCUAUCAAAGACAUUUGGUAAAAAUAUCGAAAUUUCAAGUAUUAAUAACUAAAAAUCAUUGCAAUAAGUCAUCCGUACUUUGUCUUAUUGCACUGAUUGUAUCACAGUAAUUCGCAAACUUUUCUAUAGAGCACAGGUGAUCAAACUAUUCAAGUUUUACAGAUGCAUAGAAAUAAAUAAAUAA